UUAUUAUUUAUAACUAUUACGCAAUGGUUGAUAUUUUAAUACAUAUUUUUAUUGCGAAUAUAACUUGAACACAAUAUUCUCAAGAAAUAUCGAUAAAAUUCACCCUUCAUUGAAUUGUAUAUGCCUCAACCAAUACCUAGCAACUUAUAUAAACAAGCCAGAGCUGUUCAAUAUAGUCAAUAUUUUCAAAACUUGAAUUUAGAAAUGAUCUUGUCUGCAUCAACUAUAAAGGAUCAGAGUCCUGAUAACCCUAAUUUGGAUGGAGAUUACAUAGCUCUUCUACAACAAUUGAAAACAUGUGACAGACCGAUUUCAGGAAAAAAACGACUACUAAAAACUAUUUCAAAGAUUGCCGGAAAUGGCUCGGUGGAAGAUAAAACUGACUAUUCAGAUUUAUUUGACGCGGUUGAAAAGAAUAACUUGAAUUUAUUACAAAAUUCUGAUUUAGUUUCGGCUAAAUUAAAUGGGAAAAGCUUAUUACAUCAUGCAGUUUUACUCGAAAAGAAGGAUGUAACUACUUAUAUCUUGAAUAAUCAUCCGAAGAUGAUUUUAGAAAAUUUUGAUAUAUAUGUAAAAGGUUUACAAUCUCAAAAGAAUAUUGUACACAUUCUAGCAGAGAAUGGUGACUUAGAUUCUAUUAAAUAUGUUCUAUCAGUUAUCGAAACUAACAAAUACAACAAACAAGCGUAUAUUCAUCAAACUGUCCUAACUGAAAUCGCUGGACAAAGGCCAAGAUUACUGUCAAUACUUCAUCUCGCGGCUCUUCAUGGCCAUACUGAAUUAGUCAUAUACCUAGUUGAAGUAGUUGGAAUGUCGGUGAAUUUAACUAACAACAAAAAUGAUACACCAGUUCUUUGGGCGGCAAGAUGGAAUCACAUAGAAACAGUUAAGGCUAUGAUAACAUUAAAAGCCAAUUUGCAACAUCAGAAUGAUAAAGGAUCCACGCCUUUGUAUUGGGCAAUACGUUACGGUUUUCCAGACAUGGUUAAGGUCUUAAUUGAGGAGGGGAAAGCUGAUAUAAAUCAAACCCGUAAAUUAGGCUUAGUUUCGCCAUUAAUUUUAGCCGCUUCCAUGGGUUAUAGCCAAAUUCUUGAAAUUCUCUUGGAAAACGGCGCCAAUGUUGACACAACAAUACACGGACAUGAAACUGCCCUUCACUAUGCAAGUGCCCUCGGCCAUACAACAUGUGCCAAAAUACUCCUGAACAAAGGUGCGAGUGUUGACUUUCUCAAUGAACUUGGAGAAACACCUCUUCAGUUAGCUGCAAUGGGUGAUCAUUGUGAAAUAGUAAACCUCCUCUUGGAGAACGGUGCAAGAUUGGAUCAUAGCAGCAAAGAUGGAACUUCUCUUUGGCAUAUAGCAAUUGAAAAGAAAGAUACAACUCUAUUGGAAUUGUUUAUUCAAUUUUACAUGCAAACACGUCGCUUAUCGAAAUUAAUAUUUCCAGAAAAUACACGUAGUCCACUUCAUAUAGCAGCUUAUUACGGUUCUGUAUCGGCAAUUAAAGAAUUCAAAGAAUAUGGGGUUGACUUACAAGGUUGCGAUGAACAUGGAAAUACUAUUUUACACGUUGGAGCAAGGGAAAAUCAUUCCGAAUUUCUUUCAGAAUUUUUAGACCACAGCCUAGUAGAUUUACAAAGUAAAAAUGGUGAAACUGCACUACAUGUUGCAGUUCGAUACGAUCUGAGCGAGUCUGUUAAAGUUUUAUUAAAAAAGUCUAAACUAAGCAUUUACAAUGAACAAGGAGAAAGUGUAGUUCAUGUUGCUGCAAAAUCGUCAUCGCCGGAAAUUGUCUCUUCUUUAAUUGAGGUCUUAGUCAAAACGGCUAGUUGGUCUCAUGUUAACAACGGUGAUAAGCAAGGAAACACAAUUCUUCAUAUUGCUGCACGUUUUGAAAGAUCUGAUUUAUUAAAAACUUUAGAUGUUGUUAAUCCAAAAGCUCAAAAUAGAGAUGGGGAUACUGUAGUUCACGUGGCUGUUCGAUACGCUUCCGCUAACCUCUUACAAAUCCUACUUGGAACUUUUGACGCUAAAUCUUUGCCAAUUGAUGCUCAAAAUAUCGUAGGAGAAUCUCCUUUACAUUUAGCUGCAAAACUUGCGAAGAAUGAACAUGUUGAGAUAUUGCUCAAGGCUGGCUGCAAUCUACUUUUAAAGGAUAAGAGAGGAAAUACAGUUUUACAUACCUUAGUACAAGCGUCUAUAUCAACAAAUAUAGAUUAUAUGCCUACUCUAAACGAAAUCAUAAAAGGAUCAACAAGAUGGUGGUGCGUUGUAAACGACCUUACUCUGCCUGAUAAUGAUACAGACUUGUAUGAUGAAUACAGAAGGGCUUCAUUAAUUAAUCUAACAUCGUGUCAACUAAAUAAUAGUGAUUUAUCUGUUGUAGAGUUUGCAGCAAAAUUGGGCGCUAAAAAUAUUUUAGCAUCUCUUUUGAAUCUUAAAGACGUAUACGUCUUCAAAGAUGAAACAACUACUAUGUUUGAUGUAAGCAACCUUACUCCCAAUACACAAAUAAAUAGAAGCUUUAAUUCUAAAAAGAACCAAAUAAAAGAAGAUACACCUAAUAAACCAUCUUGUUUAGAUCUUAUUUGCAAUAUUGAAGAUAUAAACGUUUCUAGCGAAAUUCUUCGGAUGACGCCAAUUGCACAAUUGGUUGUAAAUUACUGGGCUCCUUAUAGAUGGUUAUUCGUUAUUCUUAUGGUCAUCCAUAUAGGCUAUAUGACUACUCUGAGUGUAUUUGGUAUUCAAUUUUCCGAAAAAAAUGAUGUUUCAUCACUUGCUGGUUUGUUACUGAUAUGGCCGGUAAUUCUACUAUUAUUCGUAUUUUAUUACGGUCUACAGAAAGUCUAUGUAAAUUGUACAAAGAAAUUUAGGAAAAGUUGGAAAUCGGAUAGAGAAGAUACUAGGAAUAUCUUUACUAGACUGCUAGAUUUUGUAAUAGAUUACAUGUCGCAAAUAACAUGUUUGAUAUUUUCUGCUUCUCUGAUUGCUUGGUAUAUCCUGUAUAGAGUUUCCAGUGGCGAUAGAAAUUAUCCUUUAGCCGUUGCUUACGUAUUCGGGUGGAUGUUUUCAAUAAGUUUCACGCAGGGCUUUGAAGCUAUUUUUGCCUUCUCAAUAAUGUUUAAAUACAUUAUUAUUAGGGAUAUAAUUCGAUUUCUCUUCCUUUAUAUAUUCGUCUUGCUAGCAUUUUCAUUGGCUUUACAUUCUCUAUUUCUAAUGGCUCCUGGACUCCUAAGUACGUUCACCUCUCAAUGGGAUACAAUAUUUACAGUUUUUAAUAUGAUGAUUGGCAUGUCUAGUUUGUUUGAAGGAGAUGAACUAGUUAAAGAAUACGAGAAAGUAAACAAGACCAUAUGGACGGUUCGAAUUACUUAUUUAAUAUACAUUAUUCUGGCCACUAUAAUUCUACUGAAUCUACUUAUUGCUAUGAUGAAUGACUCUUAUGUUGCUGUAAAGGCAAGAGAGGGCAGCACGUGGCGGGUAGGAAGCAUAAAACUCGCUCUUCAAAUGGAAAAAUCUGUACCGUGGUUGUCAAAUGCUCUUAAAAAGAUAGGAGUUGUGAGAAAUAGAGUUAGAUGGAAUGAUGAUAUCGAAAGAUAUAUGUUUACUGUUUCAAAUUCUCUACUACAAGAUAGUUCAUCUCUCCAAGUUACUACUACAAAUCAAGCUAUAAAGGCUUUAGAUAUUCAAGUGUCUCUUUUGAAGAAAUCAAUCGAGAAUCUAUCAAAGAAAAUAGCGGAAAUUGAAGAGAGAAGACAUAUUGAUAAAACUUUACACGCCUUCAGGGAUGCAGUACGAGUAAAACAAGGUCCUAGGCCUGUAACUGCAACAAGAGCACCAAGACCAACAACAGCCAAAAGAUCUUGACAUCGUUGUAAAUUUCACAAAGUGUUUUUUGUACCCAUUUUUGCUUAUUGCUUAUUAAAUACUUAAAUAAAGUAACUUCUAGGCAUUUAAAAUGAAA